GUACUAUUCUCAUCAGCAGUGUGCCGUAUAAAAAAGCCUUCUCAACACUCAGCAGCCAUACAGAGUCAUGGAUCGGUUUACAUUGUACUUCUCUCUCCUGUUGGCGUUCCUACUUUAUGAUGCUCAACCAGCAGCUCCAACAGGCUGUGCAGGUCCACCCGUGCUGUGUUGUCCUGGUCAAAACAACUCCUGCUUCAGAGGAUGUUUCUGUGAUAACGCCUGCUUGAAUAUAGGCGACUGCUGUCCGGACUACAUUUCAACCUGCACGCAACCACCAAAUACAACAUCUACACUGAUGGAAGGGAGUACAACGUCAGCAUCUAGGCCUACUGUCUCUGUUACUACAGCAACCAGCCAAACAAGCAGCAGCUCACCUACACCAGCAGAUAAUAGCACAACUUUACCAGUCUCACCAGCAGAGAACAGCACAACUUUACCAGUCUCACCAGCAGAGAACAACACAACUUUACCAGUCUCCCCAGCAGAUAACAGCACAACUUUACCAGUCUCACCAGCAGAUAACAGCACAACUUUACCAGUCUCACCAGCAGAUAACAGCACAACUUUACCAGUCUCACCAGCAGAUAACAGCACAACUUUACCAGUCUCCCCACCAGAUAACAGCACAACCAUACCAGUCUCCCCAGCAGAUAACAGCACAACUUUACCAGUCUCCCCACCAGAUAACAGCACAACAUUAUCUACAGACUCUAUUUCUCCAAAUCCCCGCACAACAAACAGCAGUACUAUCUCUACACUUAUAAAUACCAGUACAACUUCAGCACCCACAGCUUCUGACACAUCACCACCAAGCACAAGAACUACACCCUCAGAUACCCCCCCAUCUCCGUCAUCUGCAGUGUCUUCAACAACAGAACACAGUACGACAAGCAGCACUACUGCAGCUACAGAUGCUCAUAUAGUGACUAUUUACCUGAAAGCUUCUGUUUUAUCCCAGAAUGAGGACAAUGAAGAUGUGAUUUUCGAGAAUUUAUCCAAUUUUAUUUCCCAGACCCUUCUCCAGCUGAACUGUGAGGGCUGCUCAUCAACUAUCAGACACAUCAAACGCACCUGAGAAAGGCCAAUGUCUCAGCUAACUGUGAAAUGUUUUAGCAUGUAAAAUGAUAUGCAGUAUUAUAAAGCUCACACAGGUACAUAUCACAACUUAAUGCUACAACAUCGACCGAUUACACAGUUCAUGUUCACAUUAAAAAGUAUAAACGCAUGUAUCAAAUACAUG